UACUUGUUACUCUGCCUCUUUUCUCCUCUCUCUUUUUUUUUGCUCUUUUUUCCGCUUGCGGAAGGGAUGCUGAGAUUGGCAAAGCACGUAAUACCAGCUCAGUUAAAGCGGUGAAAGGCAGUCCUAGCACCAGCAGCGAGCAGGCAGUAACAAGUGGAGAAAAUGAACUCUCUGCCUAAGGGAGCCAGCUUUGUGCUUUAAAUCCAUGCCCCUGCAAGAGUUGCUGUGCUCAGAGUGGAAGCACAGGAAAUGGGGAUCGAGCUGCUUUCUCUUAGUGAAGCUUCUUUUAAAUUGUUGAAGGAGAAAGCACUUUGUAUUCGAAGACCUUAUACCUGCCUUAUUCUUCAAGGAAGUGAAGAAAGAUAAACCAGCAGACAUGGAGCCUCCAAAUAUGGCUAAGCUCUCUUCACCUCCAAGAGUACACAGUCCUGUCUUCCUUUUUUGUUUGGUCAAUGUUGGUUGUGUCCCCAAAAAGGUGAUGUGGAACACAGCAGUUCACGCGGAGUUCAUUCAUGAUCAUACUGAUUAUGGGUUUGAAGUGGCUGGCAGCAAAUUUAACUGGAGAACUAUUAAAGAAAAACGUGAUGCUUAUGUGAGACGCCUGAAUGAGAUCUAUGAAAAUAAUGUAAACAAGGCUCACAUCGAAAUCAUUCGUGGCUAUGGAAAGUUUACGACUGAUCCAGAGCCUACAGUUGAAGUCAACGGUAAAAAGUACACAGCUCCUCACAUCCUUAUAGCUACUGGUGGGCGACCAUCAGUCCCUCUUGAAAGUGAAAUUCCUGGUGCCAGUCUGGGUAUUACCAGUGACGGAUUCUUUGAUCUUGAAGAGCUGCCCAGGCGCAGCGUUAUUGUUGGUGCUGGGUACAUUGCAGUAGAAAUGGCAGGGAUCCUUUCCACUUUGGGCUCCAAGUCCUCCUUGCUGAUACGUCAUGACAAGGUGCUGAGAACGUUUGACUCAUUGAUCAGUUCAAACUGCACACAGGAGCUGGAGAACGCUGGGGUUGAUGUGUGGAAGCACGCACUGGUCAAGACAGUUGUGAGGUCCCCUGGUGGGUUGCUGGAUGUGACAGUGACGUCCUCGAUGCCUGGCCAUAAGCCAACGGUUGGAGUGAUCCAGGAUGUGGACUGCCUUCUGUGGGCCCUUGGGAGAGUCCCAAACACGGAUGGGCUUUGCCUGGACCAAGUGGGCAUUGAAGUGGAUGCAAAAGGUCACAUUGUGGUCGAUGAGUUCCAGAACACCACAAGGAAAGGGAUUUAUGCCAUCGGGGAUGUCUGUGGGAAAGCCCUCCUCACCCCAGUUGCGAUAGCAGCUGGCAGAAAGCUCGCGCACAGGCUCUUCGAAGGCAGGCAGGACUCCAAGCUGGACUACACUAACAUUCCCACUGUGGUCUUCAGUCACCCACCCAUUGGGACCGUGGGCCUCACUGAAGAUGAAGCCAUUUCUGUGCAUGGGAGAGAGAACGUGAAGAUCUACAGCACUUCAUUUACCCCCAUGUAUCAUGCAGUCACCAAAAGGAAGACCAAGUGUGUCAUGAAACUGGUUUGUGCUGGCAAGGAGGAGAAGGUUGUGGGAUUGCACAUGCAAGGCCUGGGCUGUGAUGAAAUGCUGCAGGGCUUUGCUGUGGCCAUCAAAAUGGGAGCUACCAAGGCCAACUUUGAUAGUACAGUUGCCAUUCACCCUACUUCUGCAGAAGAGCUGGUGACGCUACGCUGAAAUGGUGGACCUGAGGAGCCUGAGAGAUGGCAGCUGAAGCACAGAAGCCAGCUGCCUUCUCUCAGCAGUGUGUCUUCUCUGCAAUCAAUCAGAUGCCCAAAUUCUCUCCCUUUUUCCCCUUAGAAAUUUUUCUUGGGCGUAGGGAAAAGCUUUUAGAUAUCCCAAAAUGCCUUAAGAUGAGUAAGCUGUCUUGAGGGCAAUGUAUCUGUCCACUCCAAAUCAAGCCAUGCCAAUUUUAGGGAAAAUAAACACUGAUUCUGGGAA